GGACCGCGGGGUGGGUAAAAUGAUGCUAAUAAAGAUGGAAGCCACCGUCGUCUUAUCUAUUCUUAAUUCGUUUCUUCUUUCGCCCACUUUCUGCUCCGUCUCUCAAGUGGAUUUAAAGAGGCCUUGAAGUCCGGCUGGCUUCUUGAAUGCGAAAGGCGGAGAAGAUCGAAGAGAGAGAAGAACAAACGCGGUGGUCGUGCCGGCGACUCGGAAGGAAGGGAUCGGGCUGAGAUCUGGGCGCGGGCGAGAUCGAUGCUGUGGGAUUUGAUGCCUUUCUUGCGCUCUCGCCGAGGUCUGGGGUUUUAAGCGCCCGUCUCUGAGGCCCCUGUCGGGCUUUUCCGCUUCGAUUUGAGAGGGAUUUGUAUCACUUUUGGUGCAUCUGAGAUCCUGUCAGGUUUCUCAACUUGUGAUAAGAAGGUUGUCAACCCAGACUAGAAAUCUCUGGCAUCUGCUGUUUGCAUAAUAGCAGGCUAGGAAUUAUAUGCCUAUUGGAGGAUUGCGUAUUGAGUUUGAGUUGGCUUAGAUGUCAUUCCGUAGCAUUGUUCGUGAUGUGAGAGAUGGCAUCGGUAGUUUAUCUCGCCGGGGCUUCGAGGUGAGGCUCUCGGGUCAUCACAGGGGGAAAUCUCAGGGUGCUGUGCACGAAGUGCAUGAUCAACCUGUAGUAAUCCAGGACAGCUGUUGGGCUAGUCUUCCUCCUGAACUACUUCAUGAUGUGAUCAAAAGGUUGGAGGCAAGUGAGAGUAGUUGGCCUUCCCGCAAAAACGUAGUUGCCUGCGCAGCUGUUUGCAGGUCAUGGAGGGAAAUGUGUAAAGAGAUUGUUACAAGUCCAGAAUUUUGUGGAAAGCUUACUUUUCCGGUCUCCCUGAAGCAGCCUGGACCUCGAGAUGGUACUAUUCAGUGCUUUAUCAAGAGGGAUAAGUCAACUCUAACUUAUCAUCUGUAUCUGUGCCUUAGCCCUGCUGUACUUGUUGAAAAUGGGAAGUUCCUCCUAUCAGCUAAACGAACUCGGCGCACAACCUGUAGAGAGUACAUAAUAUCAACUGAUGCUGACAAUAUAUCAAGAUCAAGCAACACUUAUAUUGGAAAACUGAGGUCUAAUUUUCUUGGCACGAAGUUCAUAAUCUAUGAUACCCAACCCCCAUACAACAGAGCAGCCAUCUCCCAGCCAGGGAAGACAAGCAGGAGAUUUUACUCCAAGAAAGUGUCUCCUAAAUUUCCAUCUGGAAGCUACAACAUAGCAGAGGUGACAUACGAGCUGAAUCUCCUGGGAACGCGCGGCCCAAGACGGAUGCACUGUAUCAUUCAUUCCAUUCCUGCCUCAGCCCUCGAUGCUGGAGGGACCGUCCCUGGUCAGCCUGGUCAUCUGCUCCCCUGCUCGUUGGAUGACUCCUUUGGCAGUAUGUCCUUCUCUAAAUCAUCCAUCAUGGACCGCUCCAUGGAUUUCAGCAGUUCUCGCUUCUCUGACAUUGCUGGAGGAGCCAGUGGUAUUGGUGACGAGGAAGAUGAGGCUAAAGAGAGGCCUCUGAUCCUUCGAAACAAGGCCCCAAGAUGGCACGAGCAGUUGCAAUGCUGGUGCCUCAACUUCCGGGGUCGGGUGACCGUUGCAUCCGUCAAGAACUUCCAGCUUAUUGCUGCGACGCAACCUGCUGCGGGAGCUCCGACGCCGUCACAGCCGGCACCACCAGAGCAUGAUAAGAUCAUAUUGCAGUUUGGGAAGGUUGCGAAGGAUAUGUUCACCAUGGAUUAUCGGUACCCGCUUUCAGCUUUCCAGGCUUUUGCUAUCUGCUUGAGUAGCUUUGACACCAAGCUGGCUUGUGAAUAGCGCGCUUGGAAGAAUGCUGGAAAACUAAUACAGGGACGGCCAGAAGUUGGUGAUGUCUGUUCGCUAUUCAUGGCGGCUGUUGGUGCAUCAACUCUAAUCUUCAACCGUGUUGCAGCAUCGAUUCAUCUGUUUCUCUUCUUCUCUUCCCCCCUUUACCCCACUUUUUAUUUGCUGCAACAGGUUCUGUAUCAAGUGAUCAAAUGGAUAUUCCGUUGGAUGCUUUCUUAUUAUUAUUUUCCCAUUGCAUUCA